CGUAAGCCACUGUCUGUAUGCGCAGUUAAGACAUUUAUUGCUGCUUUCAAGGGAUCCAGUUGGAAGGAGAAGAGAAUACAAUCAUUACGACUUUGUUGACAUGAUGGACUUUGAUCUCAAAUGCAGGAUGUGGUUACCCAUGAGAUGAUGGAGGACAAGAAUGGACACGGUCAUGUGAUGGAGGAGGGCGAGGUGGAUGUUCAGAUCAGACAAACCAAAGAUCAGCCACAGGCCAACAACAACAAACCCAAAUGGUCAAAUGGUCAGUGUGUUCUGGCAAUGCCGAGCUGUUCAACGCUAAACCCCAGCUUUGAUCUGUCUCUGUGCCAAUCCAAUCUGGAGAAUUAUGGUUUUCAGAUUCCAGUCAGAGACCUGGAGGCUCCACUGAAGACAGCUCUGGACAUGCCCUCAGUCAGGAGGUACAUGGUUUUCAACUCGGCUCUCUUCCAUUUCAUUAUGGCACCGGUGCUGUAUGUGGUGGUGUGGUGCGCCAUGUUCUCCACCCUCCACCUGUACAUCGAUGUCACUGACUACUGGGUCCUCUGUCUCUCUGUCAGCAUGAUAUCCAUCUUCCUCACCACUGCUGUCAUCUUCGUCCUCCACCACAGUAACAAGGGGAUCAACAUGAACUUAGAUGUUCGGUUAAUACAGGUGAAUGAGAGGAUGGUGAAACACAAGCUGCUGGUGGCUGUGGCCGACUGGGUGCAGAACUGCACUGGAAACAUGCAGCUGUACUUUGUGUAUUGGGACAUGUCCCGCUGUCUGAGGGUACUGACUGAAACUUUAGAGGAGUACAGCUUUGUGGAGAGUGAAACCCAGAACAAACUGAAGAGGAAAAUGUCCCACCUCACCCUGGUGACCGAGGUCUCGGCUGUUGACCCUGAGGUCGGUGAGUCAGAUAUGGAGGAGAGUUCAGACGAACAGAGGCCUCUGCUGAGAGAUAAUGAGACUGGCUGCAGUACCUCAUCUAGCCAGAGGGAGGACGCCAAAGUCACCACCAACUAUAGCCUCAUCCCUGAUGCAUCAUUACCUGCUCAGGCUAAAGCCUACCAGCUUCUGAUAACCUACAGUGCAGCCUAUGUGAAGCUGCUGGUGUCGCAGAGGCUAUCAGGACCGUCACAUGACCGCCUACGUCCCAGGAGGAAUCACUGCACCACCGCCCCUCUCUGCCUCUGCCAGUACAUCAAAAAGAAGCUCGAUCUAUAACAGAGCCGACCAGUGUCAAACCAGGAAGCUGUUACAUAGAACUGGUGGACUGCAGUCCUUUAAAAAAAGACUUUGCUCCAUGUAGGAGCAAAAAUGGAUUAGGUUACAUGUUCAAGGACAUUUGGUCAAAUGAAGGACGUAUUUGGAGCUUCAAACUUUAGAUUUUUCUGUUUCUCCAGCCUGCAGGCUACUGUACCUCUGCGGCUGUUUUCACGCCAGCUCUGUUGUUUGCACUACCUGCAUUUUUGUCCAUUUGGUCCAAACAAUUUCUGCACCCUGCCAAAUGCUGUCACGCUGAGGUCUAUUCCAGCUGCUGUAAAACAAAUAUUUGCACUCUUGUAUACAUGACAAUCACAGCCUUAGUUACUGCUGUUUAAAUUAUUUGAUUUGAUUUGCUGUAGAUUCUAUUUGUCUUUGGGGUUGAACUGAAGGCAGCCGUGAAAAGUAACUGAGACCGUGGACUUUUACUUGUUAUGGAAUAUUUUUACAUUGUUGUAUUGUUACUUUUACUUAAGAAAAGGAUCUGAAUCCUUCAACCACUGCAGUGUAGACAAAGACAGUGGAAGCAUGAAGGAAAAGAGAUUCUCCUUGAUGCAGGUGUGUAAUGAUGCUGAAAAGGUGCUAACAUGAACCAUUGGCUUUAGUUUCCUCAGCACAGAACUGAAGGUUCGUUUUGGUGUUCUCACACCUUUGGUUUUAUGCGUGUGGGUCGAUCACUUACGUAUCUAUCUAUCUGUGGGUUUAUGUCUCACAUAUUACCAGCGAUUACUCAUCAGUCCUGAUGCUGUGGCUGAUAUGACAGCCCAGCGAGAGAGUAACAGAAUGACACAAACACACACAGCAAGACAGCCAGCGUGGCUGACCCAGGUGAAGCUGGCAUUGUGUGAUAGAAGAGACAGGCGUGCAGCGUGAGGCCAAGUUAAACGCUCUCAGAGAUGCUGGCUCUCCUAGGGAGGUUAAAUGGCCAUCUGUGAUCCUGCAUACAGGCUGGCUCAGCUCCCACCUUUAGUUUCUCCCUCAAACCUCUUUUCCAUUGGCCUGAUUGUCUGGGUCCAUACUUCACAUUUUAACAGAUUCAUUUUACAAUAACAAUGUGUCAAACAACAAUGUGUCAGUGUGAAAGUGGUUGCUUGUUGUGAUGAACAUUUUGAUUGCCCCAGGAGGUGGUGGAGCCCCAAAACAGAACUAAAAAAAGCAUGAAUAUUGGACUUACAUUGAUUAGGUGGGCAGAGACAUGAUAAAUUAUACAGUUGCUCGUGACUGCUGGAUGUGUAAAAUAAGCAACUGUGUGCUAAUUUUACACAUCUGCUUUAAUGGUGAUGAUAUGUCAAUGUUGUACUCACAAGUUGUUUCCACACACGGCACGGCAGGGCUUUAAGCUAAAUGCUAACGUCAGCAAGCUAUAACAAGCUCACAAUGCUAACAUGCUAAUGUUAAGCAGGUGUGAUGAUUACCCUGUGGGUGUGUUACGUUCUUAAAAUACAGCCAUGUGUUUGUCAGGUUCACUGUCUUAGUUUAUCGGCAGCAUGUUAGCUUGCUAGUAUUUGCUAAUUAGCACUAAAAACAAAAUACAACUGAGGCUGCUGUGAUGUCAUUCAUUUUCAGAUGUUAAGUCAUAAAAUAAAGUAUUGGACAAAUUUG